AGCCCAAGGUGGCAGUGAGUAGGGGGAGACCGUUUCUUGAAAUUACCUGAGAAGGAGGGGGAAAGGAAAGCGGGCGUCGGUCGUUGUGGGAGACCGGAAGUAGUUGCCGAGGGCGACGAUGGCGGGAGUCUUGACGCCGGGAGGGCGGCCGCAGCAGCAGUUGCUGGAGCAGGAUAAUGGAUCUUUGGAGAUAACACAGAGUAUGGAUGAUGACCCUCUACUUGAAGAAGCCCUCCUUCCAUUUCAGGCAUUGAAUACUACAUCACUUCUACAGUUUUACAGAAUCCCUACAGUCUGUGUUGCCAAUACUUUGUUGUUCUUGCAUGUUGCUUUUGUUGUUUUAGCUUUUGUGGUAGGUAUGUAUUGUUAUUCUGAAUCAACUGCAGAGACGUGUCCUGGAUAUUACACUUUCCCACUUAAGGUGCAGACGGCUAUCAUAAUUGCCAAGGUAAUCCUCUGGAUCCUUUAUGUGUUCCUUGAAGAAUAUAUUCAUUUCUACCAUCACAAGGUCAGACGCAGAGGUUACUUUCAGAUUUACCGAACCACAAGACAUCUUAAAAGACUUCCACUACUAAUCCAGUCUACAGGUAAUGCAGCAUUACUCCUGGUUCUGUCGGCACAACAUUCCUUUCCUAAUCACAAUAAAAUGUAUAUUUAUCUCAUCUUGGGAAUCCUGAGCUUGGAACUAAUAUGUUCAAUGAUUUGUGUUGUUAUCUAUACAGUAAGGGUAAGCAACUUUAACCGGGCAAAACCAAGACCUGAUGUAAUAGAAGAAGAGAAGAAGUAUGUUUAUCAUGAGCCUAUCAUCUCAGAAGUAGGAUUCAGGGCUACCUCAAGCUUGGAAGAAAUAGUUGAAAAGCAAGGAGAUGUGAUUGUGUUCCUUCACCACCACAAUGCCUUGCUGAGCAAGAGAUUGCUGGCAUUAACAUCUCCACAGAGCAGACGCUGAGGCGACGAGAAAAUUGGCUGAACAGUGUAAGAAGCGCUGCACCUACGGACACCUUUCUGAAAGUAGAAGACAUACCUUCUCGAACUUUUGGACAGAUUUUUUUGGACCUCUCCUGGCUUGGUGCUAAAGCCUUGAUUUUUAAAAGACACUUAUUUUAAUUCCCCCCCCCCCCUAAAAUUCCUUCACAACAAAGUGAUACAAGGCAAAGGAAACUUCUCUUCCUGAGUUCAGUUGUUGCUGAACUGCAACUAAAUUGCCAAAGAUCUUUGUGGUGGUUUGGGAUUCAGUCCAUUUCCGAGACAAUGUGAAGAAGUCUCUGUGUUUGUACUGUCGUUAAUGGAGCCAUCACAUAAA